CUUGCCCACAUUUUCUCAUGAAUAGCACCAUUUCCCACUGCAUCUAAAACUGAAUUUGAAGCAAGAAGUAAUAUAUGGAGGGGAUUGGGCGGCAUCCAAGCUUUCCUAGAAACACAAGAAUUGCAAUAGUUGGAGGUGGGCCAAGUGGGCUCUCUGCUGCCUAUGCCCUCUGCAGACUGGGUUACUCUCACGUAACACUGUUUGAGAAAAAUGAAAAUCCGGGUGGCAUGUGUGAAUCCCUCCAAAUCCAAGGGAUGGUGUAUGAUUUGAGAGGUCAAGUUCUUGCAGCAAACAGUGCUCCUUCGAUCUUUCACUUAGCUAGAGAGAUUGGAGCAGAAAUGGAGGAAAUGGACACUCAUAAAUUUGCAGUUAUCAAUAGUUCAACAGGAGCACUUAGUGAAAUGAAGCUCGCAGAAGAUUAUGUAUCUAUGAUUUCUCUUACACUCAAACUUGAGGAUAAGGCCAAAGCAUCCGGUCGGAUUGGUGUGCAUAGUGUGAGCGAGCUUGCUCCGGACUUGGCUCCAGACUAUCUCAAGAAUCAAGGCUUUGCCUCGGUUCCUAAAUCAGUAAUGUACGGCUACACAGCGUCCGGGUAUGGAUACUUACACGACAUGGCUUAUGCUUACGUACACGAGUUCACAAGGACGUCCAUGGCUGGAAAGAUACGGCGUUUCAAAGGAGGAUACAUGAGUCUCUGGAAAAGGCUGAGUGAAAGACUGCCUGCACAAGUCUGUUGCAAUACACAAGUGCUCUCAGUUGUACGCGAUUCGUCUGUCGUCAGAGUUAAGAUCAAAUCUGAGGAUGGUGAUAUCAAAGAGAGGGAAUUCGACAAGAUUAUCAUUUCAGGAGCUUUUCCAUUCAAUAAUGGGAAGACAUACAGAUCACCUAAUUCACUCAACAAUGAAGAUACAGUUAACCACAGAAUCGACAUGGAUGAGAUGGAAACGGCGUUGUUCAGUAAAGUUGAAACUAUAGACUAUUACACUACGGCCUUGAAAAUAAAGAGAUUGGACCAUAUACCAAAAGGAUUCUAUUACUUUGAUGAGUUUAUGGAGGAUCCUGCAACUAUGGGAAAUCCUGUUGCAAUGCAGAGAUUUUACCAAGAUACCGAUGUUUUCCUCUUCUGGUCGUAUGGUAACUCUGCUGAUAUUCAAGGGCCUAAAGUGGCCGAGCUCGCCAUUGCUGCAGCUGAAAGAAUGGGAGGUGAAACCGAGGGAGUGAUUUUACAACGAAAAUUCAACUACUUUCUUCAUGUUAGUAGCAAAGAUAUGAAGGACGGGUUCUACGACAAGUUAGAGUUUCUACUGCAAGGCCAUCGCAAUACCUACUUUGUUGGCGGACUGAUGGCGUUCGAGCUCACGGAGAGGAACUCCAGUUACGCAUUCGACCUUGUCCAGAAACAUUUCUCAAAUAAAAGUCUUGAACCAAGCUAUCCAUAUGUCAAGAGAUUAUUAACGCUAAGACCAAGCCAUGGAAGAGCAGCUCUGAAACAGUUAGAUGAAUCACCGGGAGUCGAGUUUCUAGAACUUUCCUCACUCGAUGCAUAUUUGAGAUAUUGGGGAACUCAUAGUGCCACCAAAGGCAAGACCCUCUACACAUGGAUCAAUGAGAAGGGGCAUGUUAUAUCUCAGAGAACAUACAACCAACUUCACUCAAAUGCUUCAACAAUUUCUGAGAAAUUAAGAACAUGUCAUAAUCCGUCUAUAAAGAUCGGAGACAGGGUUCUUUUGGUCUACGUGCCAGGUCUCGAUUUCAUCGAUGCAUUCUUCGGGUGCUUGAGAGCUGGUGUGGUACCAGUGCCUGCAAUCCCGCCCGAUCCAUCUCAGAGAAGCGGACAGACAUUGCUUCAUGUUUCGAACAUUGCCAGAGCAUGCAAUGCAGUUGCCAUUCUUUCAGCAGUUGGUUAUCACACAACAGUUAAGGCAGCAUCUGUGAAGAACAUGUUUGCUCUCAACGGAAGCAGCAAAUCAUCUUCGCGUUGGCCUGUUCUUCCGUGGCUGCAUACAGAUUCUUGGGUGAAGAAAUCGAAGAUCUCAAGCCCUCGGGAUCAUGCAGCUGAGGAAUAUCAACCUGCAACACAUGAUUUGUGUUUCCUCCAAUUCACAUCAGGCUCAACGGGUGAGCCCAAGGGAGUCAUGAUAACUCACGGCGGGCUUAUCCACAACGUGAAGAUGAUGAGGCGGAGAUACAAGAGCACGUCGAAUACUGUGCUCGUGAGCUGGCUGCCUCAGUACCACGACAUGGGGCUCAUCGGAGGACUUUUCACUAGUAUGGUAAGUGGCGGAUCUGCAAUUCUGUUUUCUCCGGUGACGUUCAUCAGGGACCCUUUGCUAUGGUUGCAAACCAUAACGACGUACCGUGCUACGCAUAGCGCUGGCCCCAAUUUCGCGUUUGAGCUUCUCAAUCGUAGGCUGGAGGCUAACAAAGCACUACAUUAUGAUUUAAGCUCCAUUGUUUUUCUCAUGGUUGCUGCUGAGCCAAUUCGUGCAGCGACUAUGAGAAAAUUCCUCGAGCUGACUCAACCUUUUGGACUCUCUCAAGAGGUCAUGGCUCCGGGUUAUGGACUAGCUGAGAACUGCGUGUACGUGUGCAGUGCAUAUGGAGAAGGCAGAGAAAUUUUGGUUGAUUGGCAAGAAAGAGUGUGUUGUGGAUACAUUAGUCUAGAUGAUGAUGAUGGUGUUCGUGUCAAGAUUGUUGAUCCUGAAACAUGCAUGGAGCAUGAAGAAUCUGAAAAUGAAGGAGAGAUAUGGAUUAGCAGUUUGAGUGCUGGAGCUGGCUACUGGAAUGAGGAGAAGCUAAGCCAGACGACGUUCAAAAAUGAACUCAACGACGAGCCUGGCAGGAAAUACAUACGAACCGGAGACUUGGGACGAAUUAUUGAUGGAAAAUUAUUUGUUACUGGUCGGAUAAAAGAUCUCAUCAUCGUUGCAGGGAGAAAUGUAUAUUCUUCGGAUAUUGAGAAAACAGCUGAGAACUCAUGUGAAAUCAUACGCCCCGGAUGUUGUGCUGCAAUUGGUGUUCCAAAAGAGAUUAUUCUCUCAAAAGGGAUUCUAGUUUCUGAAACUUCUGACCAAGUUGGUUUGAUUAUAAUUGCAGAGGCUCGAGACGUAAAGUCUGUUUCAAACGAAGCUGUUAGGCAGAUUCAGGCAAGUGUUGCAGAGGAACAUGGAGUUAUGGUUGCUUCUGUUCUUCUGAUAAAACCGAGGACCAUUAGCAAGACGACAUCAGGAAAAAUCAAGCGCUACGAAUGUCUUAAAAGAUUCGUUGAUGGGACUCUAGAUAUCAUUCAUCAUGAGAAGUUGUCCAUCCAAUCUAAUGAAAGAGUAUCAGAAUCUCAAGCCAUCAAAACUCGCCCUUCGAGCAUAUCUAAGAGAGACAUAACAAGCUUCUUGAUAGAGCUGCUCUCUGAAGUGACUGGAGUUUCCACUGCCAAGAUCUCCACCAAAGAGAGUCUUGUAUCCUACGGAGUGGAUUCCAUUGGUGUCGUUCGAGCUGCUCAGAAACUCUCGGAUUAUCUUGGAGUGGAUGUUGGUGCAAUUGAUAUUUUUACUGCCACCUGUGUAGAAGACUUGGCCUGUUUUGCAGAUAAUCUAUUGAAGAAGCAUCGCCCUCGGACGAUCACCGGGCAGCCAAAUUCUUCAAAGAAAACAUCAAAAGCAGCAGCUACUUUUGAGGCUUCUUCUUGUCAUAAGCUAGGUAUCUGGUUAAUGCAGCUAAUAGCUCUAGUUUAUGUUUGCUUCUUGUUGAUGCUUCCUCCGUAUUUCUCCAUCUCCACAUAUGCAUAUUGCUUAUCCAUUUUCCACACAAUGGAGAGAGCUACAUUCUUCGGUUACUUAGCUUCCCUUGUGUGUGCCCCUCUUUGUUGGAUGUUGUGCAUUUUUUCGAGUUGCAUUUGUAUAUCCUUCUUUGGCACUCCAUAUUUGCAGCCAAAUUAUGCCCUGGAUUCUGAGAUGUCAAUUUGGUCAAUCGAAUUUGUCAAGUGGUGGGCGCUUUACAAGGCGCAAGAGGUAUCUUCAAAAGUUAUAGCAGUUCAUCUGAGAGGCACUGUGUUCAUUAACUAUUGGUGUAGGAUGCUAGGAGCAAAGGUUGCCUCCUCAGCAUUAAUCGAUACUAUCGAUAUUACUGAUCCAUAUUUAGUUUCGAUUGGGGAAGAAGAUGUGCUUGCAGAAGGAGCAUUGCUCCAAAGUCAUCAAGUGAAAAAUGGGAUUUUGAGUCUCUCUCCUAUCAAAAUCGGGUCAAGAGCUUCAGUCGGGCCUUAUGCUUUGCUUCAAAGAGGCACAGUGCUCGAAGAUGAAGACGAAGUUCUUGCAUUGGUUUCAAGUGAUGGAAAUAGUGAAGCUACAACUUCUCAUGAAGAUACUUUGCAAAAGGUUAGCCCCACAAAAGUCCUUAAUGACCUUUAUCAUUUCAUAUUUUACUUCAAUAUAACUUGUAGGAUGUCUUUUAUUGCUCUUUUCAAUAUUCCCUAACAAUA